AUGAAAAACAACCCUGACUUAGAGAAAGACUAUAUAUUUAAUAAUUUAGUCAAAAGAGACAAACAAGAAAGAAUGCCGGGCUUCAAACUUCAGAAAGGUGACAAAGUAAAAAUAGAAAUACCUAAACGCGACCCAUAUGAAAAUACUCUUGACUAUGACAACAAUGGGAACUCGACAGGUACUCACAUUCGUGUUCGUAAAAAUAGAAGAAAGUAUACAAGAGAAUAUUAUGAAGUUUUAGGCAAACAUGGCAAAAUGUACACACUGCAAGCAGAAGAUAAAACUACUAUUGUCAGACCUCGUUUCAAACUUGUCAAAGUUCAAGGUGGUAUACUUUCAAAGACAGUUCCUAACAAAUAUAAGACAACUCCUGACGAAUAUGCUAAAGAAGUUGAAAAUGACGACUAA